AUGUCUCUGGCAGCCCUGCGACAGCGCGAUCGCGGUGUCACGCCCACGCUCCAUGACUGGGUCCAGCAGCCCCCAGACUUGUCGGCUCGGCUGGUACACAUUGGCGAGCAAUUCCUGCACAGCAUCGGGGACGCAGACACGGCGAGUCUGGUCCUGGAAUCCGAAACUGUAAAGAGCACGUCGUCCAUGGCGCCCGCUCUGGUCCACCAGUCCAAUGCCUCGACCCAUAGCCCGCCCUCUCUGCACUCGUGCUGCACCGAAGCCACCCCGACCGAGACGAGCAUCAGCACCGGCCUCGCCGGUCAUCUGGCCGGCUUCCCGCUGCUGGACGAGGGCCACGAGGGCAUCCUCGAGAUACCCCACGCACAGGCCAGAACACCCGUCUACGAGUGUGCCUUUUGGUUCCUCGACUGCGCCUACGUCUCGCCCAACCAGGAAGAGUGGGAGCGCCAUUGCCUGUCGCAUUUCCGUGGUGAGGAGCCGCCUCUGACGGUCCAGUGCCCCUUGUGCGAUUGGACAGCCCACACGUGCGAAGGCGGCGGCCAUGUAGCGUGGGCAGCACGCAUGCACCAUGUGGCAUCCGAACACGUCAUGUACGGACAAACGCUGCGCACAAGUCGACCCGACUUUGCUCUUUUCGAAUACCUGUGGCAGAGGCGCUUGAUCGAUGCCGAGGACCUCAAGGAGCUAAAGGCCGGUAACCACAAUUUGACACAUCCACCGGGCAACUUUACCGAGACUGCUGGAGCGAGGAGGGAGCGUGGGGGGAGGCCACAUCGUACACAACAUGUUAGGAUGACUCGGCAACCCAUCCCGCGUCAGUCCUGA